AUGGAGCCAAAAGACUCCAGAGUUCCAGACCCCCAGGACACCAGAGCCCCGUGGCCCCAGAACUCAGAGAGCCACAAGUCCUCAGAGACCCAGAGCCGCAAGAACCCCAAUGCCCAGACGUCUAGUGUAGAAAGACUCCCAGAGACCCAGAGCCCCAGCAUCCUCAAGGUCCCAGAUCCCUAUAAACCCAGGAGACCCAGAUCCCUAGAUGCCCCAAGGACCCAGAGCCCCAGGAUCCUCCAGUCUGCAGAGCCCCAGGAGUCCCUAGACCCUGAAGCCCCAGAGCUCAAACCCCAGAGCCCAGGAACUCCAACACCAGAGAAUCCCAGAGCAAUAGAGUCCCAGGAACCCCCAAGCCCCAUCUACCCCAGGUUCCCAGAUCCCCCGAACCCAGGAGCCCCGGUGCUCCAGGAGCCCCAAGGCCCCAAGACCCCAGGCCCCCAGAGGCUCCGGAGUGAAGAUUUCCAGAGUCUCAGGAGCCCUAAAGUCCAAGAUCCCUAUUAUACUAGAUCCCAGGAGUACCCGGAGCGCGAAAUCCCCAUAGCCCAAGAAGCUCCAGAGCCCAAGGCCACACAAUCCCAGAAGUCUAAAAGCCACAGGGCAACAGAUCCCGAGAUCCCAGGGUCCCUGGAGUUCCAAGACCCCCAGGAGCCCAUGAACACCAGAAACAGGAGCCCCAGGUUCCCAGAGCACCAAGGUUCCAGAGCCCUAGAGGGUCACAGAGGCCCAGAGGCCCAGGAGCCCACAAACCACAGAACCUCAAAUCCCAAUAGCCACAAGAGCCUAGCCACCGGAGCCCUGGAGCCCAAAGUACCCGAGGAACGACAGGACCCCAAAACUGAAGAGCCCCUGGAAAUCCAGAGUUCCAGAAGCCCCACAAUCCAGAGCCCCAGAACUCCAGGAGCCCCAUAG